AUGCCGUAUGCACUUCUGGGUACCGUAGUCGGCGCCGUGGCCGACGCGGCGCCAGAGAGGGGCCCAGCGAUGCUGUUCGGCGGCGGCGUCUGCCUGGGGCUCUCGGUGGCGUGUCUGUCGCCGGCAGCGCCCGGAAUGGACACCUGGACCUGGCAGAUGGCCGCGCUCCUCGCGGCGAGUGGCGCCACGUCUUGCCUGAUUGUGCCCGUCCUCACCGUACUCGAGAACACCCUCGAGGCGGAGGCCCGCGAGAGGUCCGAGCUCCCCUGCAGCCACGACGACAUCCUGUCCUUCGGCUUCGUGUUCCUCAACAUGGGGGAGCUCGUGGGCCCGCUUGCGGGGAGCUACUUCGCUGGCACCUUCGGGUCCAGUGCCAGCUACCGCGUCCUGGGGUUGGUCGUGGCCGCGGUCAGCCUGCUAUCAGCGCUCCUCCUGGCCUCGAGCGGCAGCCGCCUGCGCGGGGGGCAGCUUAACGAGGAGGGCGCAUCAGAGCCGAUGCUGCGACCAGGUCGCCAGCGCCUCGCGGAGACGUCGCCCAUGCACGCCGUGCACCACAACGCGUGCUUGCUGCGGGCCGUGAGCGAGACCAGCCCAGGGGGAGGCGGCUCGCUGGAGUGA